UUUCUCCCAUCUUUCACCAUUUUCAAACAAAGGCUUACCCAUAAGUUCCGGCCUAAUACUUUCUUCUUCUUCUUCUUCUUCUUCCAUUUCCAAACGUACGACAAGUGAAACUUCAUUUUUGACCUUUCUCUUAAUACCCCACACGUUUAAUGAAUCGAUGCUCAUUAUUAUUAUAUAAUUUUUUGGUAAUGACAAGGAAUUGAGGAGGCAAUAGUAAUGGUCUUUCGUCUUCCGCCAAACCCAUAACCCAACAAUCUUAAAUAAAGUCAGUAUCUUUCUCAGAUUCCUGCCCAUAAGAAAGAAAAAGAAAAGAAGUUUUUCUCUAGUUGGUUAAGUAUGGCUACUUCAUCUUUCACAAAUUCUCGGAAGCAUGAUGUGUUUUUGAGUUUCAGAGGCAAAGACACACGCUUUAACUUUACUAGUCAUCUGUAUCACGCUUUAUGCAGCAAGGGAAUCAAUUGUUUCAUUGAUGGGAGGAUUGAGAGAGGAGUGGAGAUUUCACAUGCAAUUAUUCGUGCUAUUAGAGGGUCAAGGAUUUCAAUUGCUGUAUUUUCUCAAGAUUAUGCAUCAUCUUCUUACUGUUUAGAUGAACUGCUCGCGAUGCUUUCUUGUAAUGCAUCAAGAGAUCAUUUCUUUUUCCCUAUCUUUUAUAAGGUGGACCCAGAAGAUGUGGAGAAGCAGACUGGUAAUUUUGGUAAAGCAUUCGGUGAAGUGGAAGCUGAGUUUAGUGGGAACUUGGAGAAAGUGUCAAGAUGGAAGGCAGCUCUUGCUAAGGCUGCUAAAUUUGCUGGGUGGCCCUUGCUUGAUAAUGGGGAUGAAGCUAAAUUUAUUCAGAGCAUUGUCGAAAAUGUCUCAACUAAAUUAAAUCGGACAUUAUUGCAUGUUGCCGAGCACCCUGUUGGGUUAGAAUCACAUGCAAAAGAGGUGAUGUCUCUGUUAAACCCUAGUUCAAAAGAUGUUUGGAUGGUAGGAAUAUGCGGAACUGGAGGAAUUGGCAAGACCACUAUUGCCAAAGCAAUUUAUAACAAAAUUGCUAAUCAGUUUGAAGGCAGCUGCUUUCUUGAAAAUGUUAGAAAAACACCAGAGGAAUGCUUUGUUCAACUACAAGAAUCCCUUCUUAUUGAGGUAUUAGGUGAUAAGAAUAUAUUUGUGGGAAACUUUUCUAGGGGAAUCAAUUGCAUAAAGGAUAGAUUGUGCAGUAAACGGGUUCUUAUUGUUAUUGAUGAUGUGGAUCAUGUGGACCAAUUGAAAAAGUUAGCUGCAGUAAAUGGGUUUGGUGCAGGAAGUAGAAUCAUUAUUACAACUAGAGAUGAGCGUUUGCUAGUUGAACAUGGAGUGAAAAGCAUACAUAAGAUUAAUGAAUUAUGUCCUAAUGAUGCUCUUGUGCUUUUCAGUUGGAAUGCAUUUAAGAAUCCCCAGCCUGCAGAAGAUUAUAUGGAGCUUUCACAAUGGAUAGUAAAUUAUGCUAAAGGACUUCCAUUAGCUCUUGUUGUGUUGGGCUCUUUUUUGUAUAAAAGAGCGGUACCUGAAUGGGAAAGUGAAAUUGCUAAACUGAAACGAAACCCUAACAAACAUAUAUAUGAAAUGCUUAAAAUAAGCUAUGAUGGCCUGGAUGGUAAUGAGAAGGCCAUUUUCCUUGAUAUUGCAUGUUUCUUUAAAGGGAUGGACAAAGAUGUUGUGUUGAAAAUUCUAGAUGCCUGUGAUUUUAACCCAGUUAUAGGAGUACAAGUUCUGAUUGAGAAGUCCUUGAUAAGUAUAGAAAACAAUAAGAUCCAGAUGCAUGCCUUACUACAAUCAAUGGGCAGGCAAGUUGUCUGUGAGCAAUCUCCCAAACCUAACAAGCGCAGCAGAUUGUGGUUGCAUGAGGAUGUUUUGGCUGUAUUGACAGGAAAUAAGGGAAACGAUGACACUGAAGGCAUUUUGCUAGACCUACCUAAACCUGAAGAGAUACAGUUGAGUGCUGAUGCCUUUAUAAAGAUGAAAAGUCUACGAAUACUAUUAAUCCGCAAUGCGCAUAUUACUGGAGGCCCUUUUGAUCUGCCUAAUGGGUUAAGGUGGCUCGAAUGGCCUGCUUGUCCUUUGCUGUCAAUGCCGUCUGGAAUUUGUGCAAGAAAACUCGUUGGACUUAACAUGCAUCGUAGUUAUAUCAGGGAAUUUGGGGAGGAAUUCAAGAACUACAAUUUGUUGAAAUUUAUAGAUUUGAGAGAUUGUGAGUUCCUAACAGGAACACCCGACUUCUCAGCAAUCCCAAAUCUUGAGAGGUUGAACCUUGGAGGUUGUUCAAAGUUAGUUGAGGUUCAUCAGUCUGUGGGGAAUCUUGCUAAGCUCGAAUUCUUGAGCUUCGAGUUCUGCUUUAACCUGAAAAAUCUUCCAAGUACAUUCAAACUGAGAUCUCUUCGAACACUUCUUCUUACUGGCUGCCAAAAACUUGAGGCGUUUCCAGAAAUUGUGGGGGAGAUCAAAUGGCUGGAGAAGCUUUCUCUAACUAAAACUGCAAUAAAAGGUCUUCCUUCUUCAAUUGCAAAUCUCACUGGGCUUAAAGUCUUAACUCUGACUUAUUGCAAAAACCUCACCUAUCUUCCACAUGGCAUUUAUAAGUUGGAACAACUGAAGUGUCUGUUUCUUGAAGGUUGUUCAAUGCUUCAUGAGUUUCCAGCAAACCCUAAUGGUCAUUCCUCAUUAGGAUUUCCUAAGUUCAGAUGUCUUGAUCUGCGAAACUGCAAUCUUCCGGAUAUCACUUUCUUGAAGGAGCAUAAUUGCUUUCCCAUGUUGAAGGAUUUGGAUCUGUCAGGAAAUGAUUUUGUUAGUCUUCCCCCGUACUUUCACCUAUUUAACAACUUGAGGAGCCUCAAAUUAUCCAAGUGUAUGAAGGUCCAAGAAAUUCCCGAACUUCCACUGUAUAUUAAGAGAGUAGAAGCAAGAGACUGUGAGUCACUGGAAAGAUUUCCACAACUAGCGAGGAUUUUCAAAUGUAAUGAAGAGGACAGGCCCAACAGACUUCAUGAUAUUGACUUCUCCAACUGCCAUAAACUUGCUGCAAAUGAGAGCAAAUUUUUGGAGAACGCGGUACUAAGUAAGAAAUUCCGUCAGGACCUUCGAAUAGAAAUUUUUCUUCCUGGAAGUGAGAUUCCAAAAUGGUUUAGCUAUCGCAGUGAAGAGGAUUCGUUAUCUUUCCAAGUACCUUCUCGAGAGUGUGAGAGAAUCAGAGCAUUAAUUCUGUGUGCUAUUUUAAGCAUAAAGGAUGGAGAGACAGUGAAUAUAUCUCGUCAAGUUUUCAUCAAUGGUCAAAAUGUCAUUAUGUUUUCAAGACAGUUCUUUUCAUUGGAGUCAAAUCAUGUAUGGUUAUACUAUCUUCCACGUCGCUUCAUUAGGGGGUUGCAUUUGAAGCAGAAUGGUGAUGUUCACUUUGAAGUCUCAUUUAAAGUCCUUGGAGCAACAAUGGGUUCAACCCUGAAAAGCUGUGGUGUCUAUCUAGUUAGCAAGCAAGAUGAGAUAGUGGAUGAUCCAAGUGUUACUCCACCCUUAAGCAGUCAAAUGGAAUCCAUGUCAGUUGAUCUCAAGAGAAGCUGUGAUAAUGAUUUGGAACGCAAUUUACAUUCACAUAGGAAGAAGAAGAGAGCAACUAAAGAGUCUCUAAAAGAUAACAAUGCUGAGCAUCGCCUUGAGCCUCCAAUGCCAGUCAACAUCGACUCACAGCAGGGAAACAGUGGCUUUCAUUAUCUUUGCAAACAGCGGAUCACAUGACUAGCAAUAAAAACUUGGAGAAUGGGCUUGUUUCAAAAAAUAACAUCAAUAAGCCAGUAAUUACCUCCCAGUUACAGCCCCUGGAUUCGGAAUCAAAUGGUGCCCAUGAGGAAUAGAAUGAAGGAGCAUGUUUUGGCAGUCAACUCACAUCAAUGAUUCUGCUUCGCCACUGACUUCAAUUUUGCAACCAAUGGUUCCGACUAAGGAUUUAGUGGGCUUGAAGGAAGUGGAGAAUUUGCUGAAAUACAAUCAGCUGUUGCCAGCAAUUCACUAUUACAACACCACAUUGGUGAACAAUUAUUUUUGCUACCUGUAAUAUCCUUAGUGGAUUCGUUUGGGAACAAAGGCCUCCAACGAAGCACUAUGCUGCCUAUCAACAGUUGUUUCAAUCUUUUGAGAAGUUUUUCCUCCUACGUCUUGAAAGGACUGUGAUUUCCAGCUCCUGCAAUGCUAAUUGCCAAAUUCUUCUUUCUGCUAUUCUGCUUGCUUUCUGUUUCAGUUUAGUGAAGUGAUGAUUUAAAUGCUCCUGUACUGAUGCAUUAUAGUGUGGUAAAACGUGAAUAACUGCUAAUUUUUUUAAUUUUUUCUAAGCAUAUAUAUUGAGAUCGUUUGCAAUGCUUUGCAUGC